AUGUCUGUCAAGCAGUCGACAGAUCUAUUGACCCCAGUUGAUAGCUUUUACGCCCGCAAUGGACUUGUUGAAGAAGAUAAACAUACUUGUUACGAAUUCGUUGAAAAUGCAUUUCCAGGGAAGAAGAUCGAGGAGCCUGCAUGUCAAGGAUAUUGCUCGCUGACGAUCUUCGUGGGAGAGGAUAUCAUUGUUCAAUUCCGACCUAGUCAAUACAAAUUAGAUCUUCAGACAAUUCAUGCUGCGCGAGAAGUAUACGGGAUAUUUGCACCUCAAACUACUUAUAUUACCACUCUCCCGAAGUCCGGAUUAUUGGUAUAUUCGAUGAACCGAUUACCGGGCAUUUCAUAUAAGGAUUUCCGAGCGAGCAACUCAUCUCUGGCUAAGAGUACCACGGCUCGAGCAAUUUUAUGCAAAGACUUUGCCGCAUUCCUGGCUAUAGGAUGGCAUCGAAAAGAUGGUACAUCUCUUCCUCUUGGUAUUGUGGGAUCAUCACUCCUUUCUCGUCUUGAAUUACUAUGCAGAGAUCUACCCAAACGAUUCCAACACACAGCAAAACGCAUCCUCAAGAAUAUACAGCAUGUUGAAAGUCUUCCAUGGGUACUCACUCAUGGCGAUAUAACUCCAAGCAAUAUAAUGAUUAACCCACUUACGCACCACCUCGUCGGGCUCGUCGAUUGGGCUGAAGCCGAAUCUCUACCUUUUGGGGUUUGUUUCUAUGGACUUGAAGAAAUCCUCGGCGAAAUAUCUCCUACUGGUUUUCACUACCAUCCCAAUGCGUCAUAUAUGAGGACCAUCUUCUGGACCGAAUUAACCGCUCGAAUUCCAGAGUUGAAACGGGAUUAUUUGAUGAAAGGAGUAAAACUUGCGAGGGAUUUGGGGGUAUUGUUAUGGCAUGGUAUUGCAUGGGACGAUGGGGCCAUCAAUCGAGUUGUGGAUGAGGAUAGAGAUGAGGAUAGGGAUGAGAUAAGGAAAUUAGAUGCUUUUCUGGAUGUGGAGGACAAUGUAUUGGCUGUUUCUACCCAUGGACCGGAGAUUUCCUCGAAACUUUGA